CCAUCUGACCUUCCUGCUGGCUGCCUCAACCCACUCACGUCGUCUCAGCUUAGUUUGGGUGUCGUCGGCAUCCACAGAAGCACGAAACAGAACCAAUGGCACGAGACCUCGUGGAGAGCACAGAUAUGUGUCUGGCCCUUUCCACAGCUUUCUCUGACUUGCCAGUAGCUCAUUGGUUUAUUUUCAGCUUUGGCAGGUCUCUCUAUUGGAGUCCAAUGGCAUAGAACUUUUGGGAACUUUCAUGGAUAUGUCCCUUAUUCGAAGGGCACGGUUUCGAUCUCAUGGCUGCUUCGUCCCCAAAAUCACUUCGUUUCCCUCUCUGCCUAUAAAGUGGGCUUCGCAGGAGCCAAGGCAGAUCACCGAUCUCUUGUAUCUAUCCGUUCACAGUCUGAGAAGAUGAAGAAGGUGUCGUCUCUGACCGAGCUCGGCUUCGCUGAUGAUGUCCACCGGGCUCUGUUCCGCCCGAUCCAACAGGCGGCACCGCCCUCCCCGACGAAGCGCCACACGAAGAUCUCCGUGAUCGGCGCCGGGAACGUCGGCAUGGCCAUCGCGCAGACGAUCCUGACGCAGGACCUGACGGACGAGCUGGCGCUGGUGGACGCCAAGCCCGACAAGCUCCGGGGGGAGAUGCUGGAUCUGCAGCACGCCGCCGCCUUCCUCCCCCGCACCCGGAUCCUGGCGUCGCCGGACUACGCGGUGACGGUCGACUCCGACCUCUGCAUCAUCACGGCGGGCGCCCGGCAGAUCCCCGGGGAGACGCGCCUCAACCUCCUCCAGCGCAACCUGUCCCUGUUCAAGGAGAUCGUGCCGCCGCUCGCCCGGUACUCCCCGGGGGCGCUGCUGCUGGUGGUGUCGAAUCCGGUGGACGUGUUGACGUACAUCGCGUGGAAGCUGUCCGGCUUCCCUCCCAAUCGGGUGAUCGGAUCCGGCACCAAUCUCGAUUCCUCGCGCUUCAGGUUCCUGCUCGCCGACCACCUCGAGGUCAACGCUCAAGAUGUCCAGGCAUACAUGGUGGGGGAGCACGGAGACAGCUCUGUGGCGCUGUGGUCGAGCAUAAGCGUGGGGGGAGUGCCAAUACUGAGCCAAUUCACCAAGGAUGUGGCGGCAAUCGAGCAAGGAGUGCUGGAGCGGAUCAGGAAGGCGGUGGUGGACAGCGCGUACGAGGUCAUCCGCCUCAAAGGCUACACGUCCUGGGCCAUCGGCUACUCGGUGGCGAGCCUCGCCCGAUCCCUUCUCCGCGACCAACACCGAAUCCACCCGGUUUCUCUGCUCGCCAAGGGAUUCUACGGCAUUCCCGACGACCGCGAGGUGUUCCUUAGCCUUCCGGCGCAGCUCGGCCGCAGCGGCAUUCUCAGCGUAGCCAACAUCCAACUCACCGACGAGGAGGCAGGCCGCCUUCAGCGAUCCGCCGAGGCUCUCUGGGACCUGCAACAAAAGCUUGACCUCUGAUCUGUGUUGCGGUCACGCUGCCGCCGAGGUACUUCACUGGGUUUACAUUGAUCUUUGCACGUCUGUUUCGAGUUAUGCAUCACAGGAGACAAGUAUGUGACGAUAAUGUUUCCACUUUCCAUGAUCUUUAGUGGUAUUAUAUUUUGUUUA